AUGUGGUUCAAGAUGGGAAGCGUCCUGCUGUCUCUUCUUUUCUGGUACAAAGCUGCACUGGCCCUCUCCCCGGGAGAGGAUGAGAGACUGGAGCUGUGGCACAGCAAGGCUUGCAAAUGUGAUUGCCAAGGAGGUCCUAACUCGGUGUGGUCCAGCAGGACUAACAGCUUAGAGUGCAUGCCAGAGUGCCCCUACCACAAGCCCCUGGGCUUCGAGUCCGGCGCUGUCACCCCCGACCAGAUAAGUUGCUCCAACCCUGAUCAGUACACGGGCUGGUACUCCUCCUGGACGGCCAACAAGGCCCGCCUCAACGGCCAAGGCUUCGGGUGCGCGUGGCUCUCCAAGUACCAGGACAACGGGCAGUGGCUGCAGAUCGACCUGAAGGAGGUGAAGGUGAUCUCGGGGAUCCUCACACAAGGGCGCUGCGAUGCCGAUGAGUGGAUGACCAAGUACAGCGUGCAGUACCGCACCGACGAAAACCUCAACUGGGUUUACUACAAGGACCAGACCGGGAACAACCGGGUUUUCUAUGGCAACUCAGACCGCUCAUCCUCAGUGCAGAACCUGCUGCGGCCGCCCAUCGUGGCCCGCUACAUCCGCACCUCGCCACCGGCAUCGGCCCCAGCCACAGUCCUGCGGUGUGAAUGCCCAGCCUGCAAAGGGAGGGGCUGUCUCGAAUAA